GCUGGGUCCCCAGCCCAGAGGCAGCCAUGGCUGCAGAGAGCCCCGUGGAAAGUGUCCGGGAGGAAGCGCCGCGUCCCGUCUGUCUGGAGGAUUUCACAGCCCCUGUCACUCUGGAGUGUGGGCACAAUUCCUGCCAGGCCCCCCUCAGCCCUCAGGGCAGAGACACUGAGCAGCAGGGACCCCUCCGGCCCAACCGGCAGCUGGCAAACGUGGUGGAACUAGCCAAGCCGCUGAGUUUCCAGGCAGCAAAGAGAGCAAGAUGGGACGGGGUGUGCGGGGAGCACCAGGAGGCUCUGAAGCUGUUCUGUGAAGAGGAUCAAACUCCCAUCUCUGUGGUGUGUGACAGAUCCCAGGCUCACAUGGUGGUGCCCUUACAGGAAGCUGCCCAGGAGUACAAGGAAAAAUUGGAGGCCCAUGCGAAGACUCGGAGGGAAGAGAGAGAAAAGGUGCUGGGAAGGAAAACAACAACAGCAGAAGGGAAAUGCCAGGAGUAUCUGAAAUGGACCCAAGCAGAGAGGCAGAUGAUUGUGGCUGAGUUUCAGCAGCUGCGGCAGUUCCGGGAGGAACAAGAGUGACUCCUCCUAGCCCAGCUAGAGAAGCUGGACGAGGAGAUUGGGAGGCUCCAGGCUGACGCUGUCAGGAAACUC